AUGAGCAAGGGCAGCGUCUCCUCCCGCAACAAGCACACCCGCAGCUGCGGGCUCCUCCUGAUCCCAAACCUCCGGUCGCCUUCCCCCAAGAAGGUCGGUGAUGACAUCGCCAAGGCCACGGGUGACUGGAAGGGGCUGAGGAUCACAGUGAAGCUCACCAUCCAGAACAGGCAAGCUCAGAUAGAGGUUGUUCCUUCUGCCUCGGCUCUGAUUAUCAAAGCUCUGAAGGAGCCUCCUCGUGACAGGAAGAAGCAGAAAAACAUUAAGCACAGUGGCAGCGUCAGCUUUGAUGAGAUAGUGAACAUUGCACGGCAGAUGCGGCACAGAUCCCUGGCUCGAGAGCUCUCGGGGACCAUCAAGGAGAUUCUUGGAACUGCCCAGUCUGUGGGCUGCAGCAUUGAUGGCAGGCACCCACAUGAUAUCAUUGAUGACAUCAAUAAUGGUGCAAUUGAGUGCCCAGCUAGCUAAGACUGCAGAAAAGAAGUUGCUGUAUGAAGGCUCCUUAAGUGUUUUAUAGCACCUUAAGUACCUAAUAAAAGACCCAGUUGUCUGCAAAG